GAGAAUUAGGAGUAUUAACCUCCCUAGCGGGUAUUCCCGAGUGUAGCUCGGGGUUACCGCUUGUGGUACUAAAACUUUACCCCGAGCUACACUCGCGGUAACCCCGUGCUACUCUCAGGGAUUCCCUCCAGCACUUACCUUGUCCUGCGCUCCCCCGAUGUCCCCCCUGCAGUGUCCCCAGCCAUCUCCUCCGGCCGAUGCCGGCAUCCAUCUUCAGGGUUCCGUUCCCUGCAAGCGUUGGGACGUACGGGGCAUGGAACCGGCGGGAAAUUUAAAAAGUGACAUUGACUCAAUACACUAAAAUCUCAUAGUAUAACAUUACUGUAUCAAACCAUUUCACAUAUAU